CCAUAUUGGAUUUUCGAUCACCCGUGGUCGACACCUUAAAACGUCAUUUAAAUAAAUAAAUCUUGAAAUUUUUGCGUUAUUUUUUUAUUAUUUUCACAAAAAAAUAUUUUUUGUUUCGUAAAAAUAUUAUUUUAAGUUAAACUUUUUAAAAAAAGUUAUUUUUAUUUGCGUCCGAAAGUUCACAUUUUGAACAAGCCAUUUUGUGAUUCUCGUCGGCCAUUUUACUACUUGCCUUCACCACUACUAGUGCGCUAGCAUCACGUUUUUACCUAAGAAAUGGCUCAAGACUUAUCUUCUGAUGAAGAAAUUGAGUACAUUUCAAGUGAAGAUGAAGAAUGGAUUGAAGAAGAAUUUCAUGAUGAUGAAAACAUUCAGCCCAAUUUCAAUGAACAGAGGAACUACGGAAGCUAUGAUGACCUGGACCAAAUACCACAUGCCAUACCAGCAUUCAGACCCGAAAGGCCUCCUGGAGCUCAUUUCCCUGACAGUGUAACAAGGCAAAACAGGAGAAACUACCUUACUCCUCUUUCAAUUUUUAAACUGUUCUUUACAGAAGCUUUAGUUGAAAUGCUCUGUAAAUUUACCAACGAAAAUGCUGCUGCCACUGGUCCUUCAAAACCAAGUAUGUACAAGAACUGGAAGGAUAUAGACGUUGAAGAGUUUUACGUAUUCAUGGGACUUCUGAUGUACAUGGGACUUGUUCAGGUUCCCAACUUUAAGCUCUAUUGGAACGGAAAGAGUUUGUUCAAUGGUUUGUGGGCCAGAGCGUUCAUGACUAGAUUUCGUUUUCAGCAAAUUCUUUGCUUUUUGAAAGUAAGCAAUAGAGAUACUGAGGUGGCUACUGAUAAACUUGCUAAGGUUAGAUUUUUAUUUGAAUUUAUUAGGAGAAAAUGUAUGAAAUUAUAUCAGCCUAGUCAAAACAUAUCUAUAGAUGAAAGAAUGGUUAGAAAUAAGGGUAGGUAUGCAUUUAGACAAUAUAUAAGGGAUAAACCAACUAAAUGGGGAAUGAAAUUGUGGGUUUUAGCAGACUCUCUUAGUGGGUACACUUAUGACUUUGAUGUAUAUUUAGGUAAGAUAGAAGGGAAUAGCUCUACUUUUGGAUUAGCAUAUGAUGUAGUAAUGAAGUUAGUGUCCUCUCUAGUAAAUCAAGGCUAUCGUUUAUUUUUUGAUAAUUUUUAUACCAGUUUUGUACUUGUUAUUGAUCUUUUUAAAAAAGGUAUUGUUGCUUGUGGAACAAUCAUAAGCAAUAGGAAAGGGUUUCCAACAGAACUUAAGAAUGUGAAGCAGUGGGAAAAGGUUAGUAAGAGGGGGGAUAUGAGAUGGGUUAGACAAGAUCAGGUUUUAGCUAUGCAGUGGAGGGAUAACAAAACAGUUUCAUUAGUUUCAACCAUGCAUUCGGCAAAUGAGUUUAAUUAUGUUAAUAGGAGAACAAAAAAUAAUGGUGUUUUUGAACAAUUAAAAGUUAAACAGCCUCAACUAGUGGGGGAUUAUAAUUCUUUUAUGGGAGGGGUGGAUAAAAGUGACCAGCUGCUAAAUAAAUAUAACAUGCUGCGCAAAACUAACAAGUACUGGAAAACCUUAUUUUUUCAUUUCAUUGAUAUUGCUAGAGUUAAUAGUUAUAUUUUAUUUCAAGACUGGAGAAAACAAAAUCCAGAUAUUGAAGAAUUAAAUAGAAGCCCAUACUACAGUCAGUUAGAUUUCACCAUUGAACUAAUUAGAGAGUUAGCAAACAUUGAUGAUUAUGACCCAGUUCCUACUAUAGAACAUAUGAGACUUAAAACCUGCCACUCAAUAUUACCUGCGAUGGUUGCUUCAAAAGAUAGAAAAAAUUGUAAACUUUGUUAUAGUCAUCACAAAAUUGAAAGAAAGACUAGGUCCAUGUGUAGUGCUUGUGGUACAUUUUUGUGUUUCAGUCCAGAAAGAAAUUGUCUUUUACUUUAUCAUAAAUAACCUUUUUUUCACAUUCAAUGUACUUUUUUGUGUGAACUAAGUCUACUUUAAAGUUCAAACUGUAAUUCCUUCAUUUAUUAAUGUUUUAAUUCUUUGUAAUUAAUAAUCUAUAUGUUUGGUUUAUAUGAUUAGCUCUUUUAUCAAGAGGAUUUUGUUUUUGGCGUUUUGUUGUUGUUUUUAUAUAGUUUCAUAAAAAGUCACCUCAGUAUCUCAGUAUCCUAUAGAAUUGCCUAAAAAUGAUAUAUGAUAUGUAAAAAUGGUUAUCAUUGAUGAAAAUAGUACUUUAAUUCACAUUGGCUUUUAUACUUUUUUUUUUUAUUCAUGCCUUUUGUCAUAAAUAUGUUUUUUUUUGCAAAAAAGAAAAAAAAAUUGUCACAAGAAUUGAUUUCUUGAAAAAAUGUUUUCACCUACCAAAUUUUUUUAUCAUCUACUAGAUAAAGGAUGCAAUUCUGAAUAAAAUGAUAGAUAACUUGCAAAUAUUUGUAUUAUUUUUAUUUUAGAAAAAUCAUUUUUUAUUAAGUACCUUAAAAAAAAUAAAAAAAAGGGGGAAAACUCAAGAAUCU